UUGGCUUGACCUACGUCAGCUGGUGUGUCGCGCACGCUCCGUGCCUUCAAAGCUAAUAACAGGAAGAUGAAAUUACAUCCAUUUAAAAGCUUUUAACGGGACGGUUUGUUGUCGCAUCGAGACCGUGCGGUGCUUUUUGGUCCUCAGCGUUUGUCGGACCUGACCAGAGAAGCGAUGACCGAGUUCGAGAAGAAGCUCCGUCAGCAGCACGAGGAGUUGAUGCACCGCGAGCUGGAGGCGCUACUCACCUCCGGUGCCAAACCUGACACCGAGAUCUCCAGAAAAGACUUUGAGGGAUUCAAGGGGCUCUUCCAUAGAUUUCUGGAGGUCAAAGGUCCUGCAGUCAACUGGGACAAGAUCAACCGGCCGCCCGAGGACUGGAUCCAGCUCUAUGAAAACAUAAAGGUCAAAGGUCUCCCCAGCAACAUCACCGCCAGCCUCAACAAGCUCGCUGUGGUCAAACUCAAUGGCGGCCUGGGAACCAGCAUGGGCUGCAAGGGCCCCAAAAGUCUGAUCAGCGUCCGCAACGAGAACACCUUCCUGGACCUGACGGUCCAGCAGAUCGAGCAUCUAAAUAAGACGUAUGACGCGGACGUGCCGCUUGUCCUCAUGAACUCCUUCAAUACCAACGAAGACACCAGGAAGAUCCUGCAGAAGUACAAACAUCACCGUGUCAAGAUCCACACCUUCAACCAGAGCAGAUAUCCGAGGAUCAACAAGGAGUCCUUGCUGCCCAUCGCCACGAGUUUGGGGCUGGGUGGCGAGAACGCGGAGGCCUGGUACCCGCCAGGUCACGGUGACAUCUACGCCAGCUUCUCCAACUCGGGGCUGCUGGAGAAGCUCAUCGCUGAGGGGAAGGAGUACAUCUUUGUGUCCAACAUUGACAACCUGGGUGCCACUGUUGACCUUUUCAUCGUCCACCACCUGAUGAGCCAGCCGGCUGACCGGCACUGCGAGUUCAUCAUGGAGGUCACCGACAAGACCAGAGCCGAUGUCAAGGGCGGCACCCUGAUCCAGUACGAGGACCACCUGAGGCUGCUGGAGAUCGCUCAGGUCCCGAAGGCCCACGUGGACGAGUUCAAGUCCGUCACUAAGUUCAAGAUCUUCAACACCAACAACCUGUGGAUCUCUCUGCUCGCCAUGAAGAGGCUCCACAACAACGGCAUGGACCUGGAGAUCAUCGUCAACCACAAGACGCUGGAUGGCGGGCUGAACGUCAUCCAACUGGAGACAGCGGUGGGCGCCGCCAUCAAGAGCUUCAACAAUGCCAUGGGCAUCAACGUCCCGCGCAGCCGCUUCCUGCCAGUGAAGACGACGUCUGACCUCCUGCUGGUCAUGUCCAACCUGUACAGCAUGGACGCCGGCUCACUCACAAUGAGCACGAAGAGGGAGUUUCCCACCACGCCACACGUCAAGCUCGGCAGCUCCUUCACCAAGGUUCAGGACUAUCUGACCAGAUUUGAGAACAUUCCGGACAUGCUGGAGCUGGAUCACCUCACUGUGUCUGGAGACGUCACCUUUGGAAAGAACGUUUCCCUGAAAGGCACCGUCAUCAUCAUCGCCAACCACGGGGACCGGAUCGACAUCCCCGCCGGCGCCAUGCUGGAGAACAAGAUCGUUUCAGGAAACCUGCGCAUCCUCGACCACUGAGGCCUUCUGGGAAGGACGGUGAACCUCACUGGGUCAAAGGUCAAACUGGGAGGAAACUUCACUGUUACAUCAAACUGUUAGACGCCAUCUUUCAUAGUUAAUAAAAAAAAGUUGAGUCAG